AACCUAUUCAUGAUUUGAGCAAGUUGUGAAACCUACUUCAAACAUUGAUCUUUCCAUGAACAUGGAAGAAGUCUCUUCUUCCUUGCAAACUUUUCCUGCUAAAAGGUUAGAAGGUAAGGUAGCGAUUAUUACCGGCGGAGCUAGUGGCAUAGGAAGAGCCACCGCAAAGAUAUUCGCACGAUAUGGUGCGAAAGUUGUAGUUGCCGAUGUCCAAGACCAUCUCGGCCAUUCCUUAGUGGAGUCAUCGAAUCAGACCAUCUGGUUCAUACACUGCGACGUGACUAAAGACGACGAAGUUAAGAACCUAGUUGACACGGUUGUCUCCGAGCAUGGAAAGCUCGACAUAAUGUUUAGCAAUGCAGGCAUACUAGACAACUUUAGCCCUAGCAUCCUAACCGUUGAUGCUGAGGACUUAAAGAAUGUAUUUGGGGUGAACGUGUUUGGAGCAUUCUUUUGUGCAAAACAUGCAGCCCGGGUCAUGAUUCCCGCUAGAAGGGGAAGCAUCAUUUUCACCUCAAGCUCCGUAUCGGAGGUAGCCGGUGUAUCGCCUCACAUAUAUACCUCAACAAAACAUGCAUUAGUGGGGCUGACGAAGAACUUAUGUGUGGAGUUGGGUCAAUAUGGGAUUAGGGUUAAUUGCGUAUCGCCUCAUGCUAUCCAAACUCCGAUCUAUGAGGCAAUUCCUCUCGAUGAUGAAACGACGAACCGUCUGGUGGCGGAGACGUCGGUUUUGAAAGGGGUAACGCUUGAGACGGAUGAUGUAGGGGAGAUAGUAGUUUUCUUAGGAAGCGACGAGUCAAAGUAUGUCAGCGGGGUGAACCUUUUGAUAGAUGGAGGAUAUAGUACCACAAAUCCAUCACUUGGGGUUGCUUUGGCCAAUGCACUUACUAAUCCAUCCUAAUUAGUCUUAUCUAAUCAAUUCGAGUUAUCCGAUUUACUUCUUCCUUUCUUCCUUAUGGUUUAUUUUAAUAAGUUAUGACAAUUUAUGUAAUAACUUGUGUUGAAAUAGUUUGGUUUUAAUUUUCUGCCAUGGGAACGUUCAAGUUUACCAUAAUGCAUGAAAAUAAAUUUAUGUUUUUCGAGAA